AUGCUAGGUGCAGAUUCUUUCCCCAUGUGGAAAGUAGAAGAGGACCCGUGGGAGUGGUCUUUCGAACGCUUCAAGAGGUCGCCUCAAGUGAAGAAAUACAUUCAAGACAUGGUUCACCAGCAGUUUGUCGAGGAUGCAUAUGAGGAGGAACAGGCUCAAACUAUCCUUCGGAUUGCCCUUUCCGCCGCGGAGGAAUUGAAGAAGGCGUGCGACAAAGCACCUGCUCACGAGGGUGAGGCGAGCACUAGUAGGGUUUAG